AUGGAAACAACUAAACAUAAACAGCCAAUUAGAUCAAACAGCACAAAUGAAGUAGAAGAUGCCAAAAUAUUAUAUCAUGAUAUUCACGAUUACUUGGAGACUCUUACCAACCUCAUAAAAAGUGUUGCAGAAGAAGAAGAAGAACUUCCCACAUCAGCUGCGAAUUUCUUGAGUGAAUACGAGAGUUAUCUCGCCGAUUGUUCCGCUCAUCAGGAUAUAAUUACCAAUAUUCCAACCACGUCAACGAAAAUUCAGUCUUCGGAAUGGCAUCGUUCUUACCUGUCAUCAAAGUCAUCAUUAUUGUCACCACCACAGCCUCGACGUUCUCAUUCUGCUCCGGCUGUAUUUCAAAUGAAGGAUGCGACUAAACUUAUUCAACUUGCGCGAAUAGAACCAACGAAAACGACAAUCGAACGCGUACGCGCGUCUGCUAUUUUUUCGUCGAUCACUUCUGGUGUGUCUGACAAGAACAAUGAUCAAGCAUCUAGCAUUACAACUCCAAGUAUUAGGAAUUUAAAUAAAGCAUUGUUUGGUACCACAGAUCAAAAAGAAAUUGCAUUAAUUAAACAGAAAAUGCAAGCUAAGCCUCUUGUUUCUUUCCCAACCUGGUGGUUCACUAAUGAAAAAUCAUCGAAAAAAGUAUUUGCUCAUUUUACUGCAUGGUUCUUUGCAACUGAUGAUGAUGAACCAACGGAAAUAGAAAAUGUGACCGAAUCUCGAACGGAAACAGACUCUCAACCUCCAAUAACAACAACUGCAACUCAGCCCAGAAUUCAGUCAUCAGCCACGAAUGAGAGUCAAGUUAUUCAAUCAACUCUCUCUCGUACCUUUGGUACUUUAUUCUCAUCCAACAAGAAACAAAAAAUAGACGAAAAUUCAAAGGUCAACCUUGAGAAAUUGAUCACUUUUCCCACUCCUAUUUUCGACGAUAAGUUUGAUUUUAUCGCGAAUAUUAUUUCGUUUACAAAAAACGCAGCCAUGCGUAUAGAUCGUUGGGAUAGAUACAACGAACCAAUUAUGUAA